CAAUGUUUUGCUGCUUUUACCGGGUGUCGCAGAGGAGACGUACCUGCUUUUUAAACCUGAAUUCUUACAGCUUUUAUAAGUAAUUUUACUAUGUAGGGUUAGCUGUAGCUUCCAUUUACACGUCUGAAGUAUUCGUUAACCUAAUCACGUACAGGUCCCAGCGUUAUACCGCAGAAUAAGCUUUAGUUAGCAAAUUAUCUCAGCAACACCAGCGUGGGCUAUGGCGGCGGUUGACAGCUUUCAGUUUUUGUACAGAGAAAUUUCUCGUUCGUGCAACUCUUACUUUGAGACCCUGGCGCUGGUCGGUGCUCUGUACACGGCCAGCAGGGCAGUGAUCCUGCUGAGCGACUGCUGCACGUUGGUUAGGGUGCAUUUUCUGCCCAGAUUGAUCCCAAGUAAGAAGCUGACCCAGAGAUAUGGUGACUGGGCUGUCGUUUAUGGUGCAUCGGAGCCUGUAGCCAAAGCAUACACAGAGGAGCUGGCCAGGCAUGCCAUCAGCAUCAUCUUUGUCACUCGGGACCCCUCCUCUGUUAGAGACAUGGCUGCAUACCUCUCCCAAAAUUAUGGAGUGGAAACUCUUGUGGUCUCAGCUGACUUCUCCCUGGACCAAGUGACCUGCAAGCCCAUCAAAGAAGCAUUGAGGGGUAAAGAUAUUGGCUUCCUGGUAAACUGUGUCGAUGAAUCUUUGGCUUCACCCCAGAGCCUUAUUGAAGUGCCCGAACAGCACCUCUUGGAUUUGGUGAAUAGGAACAUUGCAGUUACUACUCUGAUGACCCGAUUGGUUCUGCCGGGGAUGGUGGAUCGCAGCAGAGGUGCCGUGGUCAAUAUAUCAUCGGGUGCCUGCUGCAGACCUCUUCUUGGAAGAGUGACGCUCACCGCCUCCACUGGAUACCUGGAUCAUUUGUCAAGAGCUCUUCACUUUGAGUACAGCAGCAAAGGCAUAUUCAUUCAGAGUCUGAUCCCUUUCCAGAUAGCCUCAAGUGAGCAGCAGCCAUCAUCUUCAUCACCAUCACGAAGAGAAGGCUGGUUUGUACCAAAGCCAGAGGUUUAUGCUCGCCAUGCCAUCUCCACUCUGGGAGUCUCAAACAGGACCACAGGAUAUUGGCCUCAUACCCUACAGUACGGAUUGAUGAGAUGCAUUCCAGAGUGGAUCUGGGUUCUCGGAUCACGAGUGCUCAUCAGCUCAAGCUAAGAGCUUAAUCUGACGCACUGGGUCUUGUUGUUACACGAAUCUUGUUGCAUUCCAGCUUCUUCUGCUAUUAAAUCUGUUGAACUUUGAUGCUCUGAUGAGGCUGACACUACCGUUUUCUUUCUAUUGAUUGGGUAUUAGUUAAUAAAGAACCUGCAGUGGAAUUCAUUUAAAAUGAUGAGUAAAAGUACAAACAUUUUUCCAACAUUGCUCCUGCAUUACUAGAUUAUGGUCUGAUGAAUCUGUGACAUCCUGCAUUUACUUUGAAGCCAGACAACCUUAAUUAUUUCCAGACCUGUGUUUGGGUUAGAUUUACAAGCUUGUCAAUUAUUAUUGGAGCCUAACAAUAAGACUUUGUUUGGUCUUGUGCACAGAAACCAUUUUAUACGAGUCUCCAUACAGAUGCCAUUCAGUUUGCAGUGAAACUCAUUUUACCUCCUGUGUAUCUUCAAAAAGACUUCAGUGGAAGAGAAAAUUGUGUAUAAGUGCAGACAAUAUCAAAAGCCUCACCUUAAAUGUGAGACAAAUAAGAGCAAUAUAAAACAAACACAGCCAAAGUGAAACGAGUAUAAACAAAUUCACUAAAUACACAAGUCUAAAUUUAAGAAGUUAGGCUUGAUUUAGAUUUAAGAGUACAUUUAAGAAAGUAUUUUGACUUGCACUGUGAUAAGUUUUGCUUUUAUCUGCUAAUAAUCUACAUCCCAUGUGACUUCAGUCUAACUUUUUGGGGACCAUAAAAUGAAGCUGACGUUGGUUUUUCAUGUGGUUCCAGGUUAUAUUGCUCUGACCACGCCCAUCUGACACAUACACAGAGCCAAAAACAAAAAUAACAGACUAAUAAUAUGUGAUAGCCUUUUCAUCAACGUGUUUGUGUAAAAAAAAAAAGCUGCAUGGGAAACCUCAUCCAGAUGCUACAAACAUGUUUAUUGAAAGUAAAAAAAAUAGUUUAUAUUUCAACUUCUUCUUGCACUGAAAUUUUAUCCUUGGCUUCUUUGAUUUGCUGGUCUAAUCAAACAAAGAGUUCAAAUGUCAAGCUUUCUACAAUACGGUGUGGUGUUUAUCUGUUGCAAAAAAUAUAUAUAUAAGUGUUUACAUACAGAUAAGUGUGACGAGUGAAUGAAGUGUGAUAUUCAAGCAUCUCCAAUUUAAAGGUGUACUGAAGUUUAUGGUAUUUUAUUUUAUUAAGAAACAAUAUUUAAGACAUUUGAUGUGAGAGCAUUUUGCUUACAGUGGACCUGUUAUGCUAAUUUCCAUCUCGUUACUGAUUCAACCACUUUUAACUCCUCCUUUCAAGCCAACUAAUUGGCUGUCCCUCACAAACACAAGAUUUGAAAAGCAGGUGGGUUAGAAUAAAUACCCUAAACUAUUACAGCACAUAUAUGAGAAAAAGAAUGUGGAAAAGUAUAAUAGGUCUGCUUUAGUUCAUUAUUUGUGUGAUAUUUGAACACAUUGAGAUUAAUUAUGUUAAUUGAUUGCUGGAAUGUGAAAUACGUGUGUUAUUGUAGCACAUAAUCAGACCAAUAAAACUCCUCCAUUCCAACAUUACUU